AUGAAUUGCAUCUUCUGGAAUAUCAGAGGUAUAGCAAACAACUCUUCUAGAGCUGCCUUAAAGAAUCCGAUCAAGAAAAAUUCUCCAGACUUUGUUUUUAUAACAGAGCCUUGGAUGAAUUUUGAUAAUUUUCGCAAAGCUUGGCUUAACAGGUUUGACAUUAAAUUAUUUGCUUUUAACAAUAGAGGUAGCCUCUUGCCUAACCUUUGGUGCCUUUGCAAAUCUACUUUAGAUCCUGUUGUCUUAGACACUAAAGAUCAAUAUGUUUCCUUUACUAUCAAUCAUCUUGGUACUGUUAUAGGUUUUUCAGUAAUUUAUGCUUCUACUAGUUAUUUAGUUAGGAGAAGUCUUUGGAAUACUCUUGGUAACGUUCUGCCUAACACUCCUUGGUCUUUCAUUGGUGACUUCAAUGCUAUCAUAAGCAGUGCUGAGUACAAAGGUAAUCAUACUCCCUCUAAAGCUCCUAUAUCUGAUUUUUUUAAUUGGACUGAUGUUAAUAGCUUGAUUCAAGUUCCUACCUUGGGUAAUCCUUUCACUUGGUGUAAUGGGAGAAAGGGUAGGCUUAGAACUGAGAAAAGACUGGAUAGAGUCAUAUGCAACAUGGAUCUUUUGGAUGUCUGUCACUCUAUUAAGUGUCAUACUCUUCCCAAAGUGAAGUCUGAUCACUACCCUCUGUUAUACUCCAUCAACUUAGAGAAGGUCACCUUCAAAUCUCAGUUUAAGUUUCUUAAUAUGUGGACUAAAAACGAGGAUUGCCUUAGAGUCAUUGAGGAGGUGUGGAAAACUAAGUUUUGGGGCUGCCCUAUGUAUGUCUUGGAUAGGAAACUCAAAUUGCUUAAGGCUAGACUUAAAGAUUGGAAUAAAAAUUCCUUUGGCGACAUUACUCAUAAUGUUAUCACUGCUGAGAGUGACCUUAGGAAAAUUCAGGAUGACAUUGGUAAUUUUGGUUACACUGAUCUGUUGCAUGAGUUGGAGAAAGAUGCUCAAGGUAAACUCGAAUCUGCCCUCAACACUGAAGAGGAUUUCUGGAAGGAAAAGUCUAGAAUCAAUUGGCAGGUUCAUGGAGAUAGAAACACAAAAUUCUUCCAUACCUAUGCUAAAAUCAGAAGAAGAACCAGUCUUAUUAAUUCUCUUGUCAUUGAUAAUCAGGUUAUCAAUGAUAAUGUUGUGCUUGAAAGCCAUAUCAUUAACCACUUCAAAAACCUUUUCAAUAAUGAUUUUGUGCCUCAGGACAACCAAUUAAUUAGGACUAGUAUCCCUGCCCUUGUGAGUGACCUUACCAAUAACAUGCUUACUAUGAUACCUAGUGAUGAGGAAGUGUAA